ACGUCAACACAGCAGAACGGAAUGGCGUGAAGAUAACGACGUGGGUUUCCAACUUUCGGUUGAUAUUCCCAUCCUGACAUGUUCAGAUAAUUGCGCCCCUCUUAGCAAAGACGGCUGAUGGUUAAGUUCCGAAAAUUGUAAUUGUUUUAAACUUUGUAACGUCCAAGAUGAGUGUUGACACUUACGCCCCAAAUUCGCAGACAUUGACCUUCCUGGAUACCGAGGAAGACCUUCUCGGCGCCGAUACACAGGGAUCAGAAUAUGACUUCACCGAUUUCACGUUACCUUCUCAAACGCAGUCCCAAACACAAGCUUCACAGCUUGAUCAGGGACAAAGCCAAAGUCAGGCAAGUGAGCUUCCCGUUCAGAAUGGCAUUGAUGGAAAUGUUGGUGCCAUCACACAGGCAGUUGGGGAACUCCAGUUUGAGGAGGAUGAAGAGGAACAGUUUUUUAUGAAAGAUCUGCCAAAACAUGCUUGCUCCUACUGCGGCAUCCAUGACCCUGCGUGUGUGGUGUACUGUAACACAACCAAGAAGUGGUUUUGCAAUGGCAGGGGAAACACUUCCGGAAGCCAUAUUAUCAACCACCUUGUUCGAGCAAAAGCAAAAGAGGUAACCCUGCACAGGGAUGGGCCGCUGGGUGAGACCGUCCUGGAAUGUUACAACUGUGCAUGCCGUAACGUGUUCCUGCUCGGCUUCAUUCCAGCCAAGGCUGACUCCGUUGUCGUGCUGCUGUGCAGACAGCCCUGCGCCACGCUCAGCAACCUGAAGGACAUGAACUGGGACCCUUCCCAGUGGCAGCCAUUGAUCCAGGACCGCCAAUUCCUACCAUGGUUGGUCAAGAUUCCGGCAGACCAGGACCAGCUUCGGGCUCGGCAGAUCUCUGCCCAGCAGAUCAACAAGCUGGAAGAACUGUGGAAGGACAACCCAGAGGCCAAACUGGAGGACCUGGAGAAGCCUGGGGUGGAUGAGGAGCCACAACAGGUCCUUCUACGGUAUGAUGAUGCAUACCAGUACCAGAGCAUCUUUGGUCCGCUGGUGAAACUGGAGGCAGACUAUGAUAAGAAGCUGAAGGAGUCUCAGACCCAGGACAACAUUGUGGUCCGGUGGGAUGUCGGCCUUAACAAGAAGAGGAUUGCUUACUUUAACCUCCCAAAGGCUAAUGAUGAAAUGAAGUUGAUGCAUGGAGAUGAGUUAAGGCUUCGCUACAUGGGCGAGCUGCACAAACACUGGUCUGGAGUGGGUCAUGUGAUCAAAAUACCAGACAACCACAGUGAUGAGAUUGCCAUAGAGCUGAAAAGCAAUGCUGGUGUGCCGGCUGAGUGCACUCACAACUUUGUGGUCGACUUUGUCUGGAAGUCAACAUCUUUCGACAGGAUGCAGGCUGCCUUGAAGACAUUUGCAGUGGAUGAGACAUCAGUGUGGGGCUAUAUCUACCACAAGCUGCUGGGUCAUGAGGUUGAGGAUGUGGUUAUCAAGUGUACCCUGCCCAAACGGUUUAGUGCCCCAAACCUCCCAGAGCUGAACCACUCACAGGUGUAUGCUGUCAAGACUGUGCUGCAGCGACCACUCAGUCUUAUCCAGGGUCCCCCGGGGACAGGUAAGACAGUGACAUCUGCCACAGUAGUGUACCACCUCGCCAAGCAGAGCAACGGCCAGGUGCUGGUCUGUGCUCCCUCCAAUAUUGCUGUAGACCAACUCACAGAGAAAAUACACAAGACUGGACUCAAGGUGGUUAGACUGUGUGCAAAGAGCAGAGAGGCAAUUGAGUCUCCAGUGGCCUUCCUCUCCCUGCAUAAUCAGAUCAGGAACAUGGAGAGCACCCCGGAGCUUGUGAAGCUACAGCAGCUGAAGGAUGAGACUGGAGAGCUGUCCUCCACAGACGAGAAACGCUAUCGCUCUCUCAAGAAGCAGUGUGAACGAGAACUCCUCCAGAAUGCUGAUGUGAUCUGCUGCACGUGUGUGGGUGCUGGUGAUCCAAGGCUAGGCAAGAUGCAGUUUCGCUCUGUGCUGAUUGAUGAGAGCACCCAGGCUACAGAACCAGAAUGUAUGAUCCCUGUUGUCCUCGGCUGCAGACAGCUGAUCCUGGUAGGCGACCACUGCCAGCUGGGUCCGGUGGUGAUGUGUAAGAAGGCUGCACGUGCAGGCCUGUCCCAAUCUCUGUUUGAGCGGCUGGUGGUUCUUGGUAUCCGCCCCAUCAGACUCCAGGUCCAGUACCGCAUGCACCCAGCCAUGUCCGCAUUCCCAUCCAACAUCUUCUAUGAAGGUUCACUGCAGAACGGAGUCACUCCUGCUGAGCGUAUCCGGAGCAGCCUGGACAUCCCCUGGCCCCAACCAGACAAGCCCAUGUUCUUCUUAACAUGCUCUGGCCAGGAGGAAAUCUCCAGUUCUGGAACAUCCUAUCUUAACAGAACUGAGACUGCGUCUGUUGAGAAGGUGGCCACUCGGUUCCUAAGGUCAGGUGUGAAGCCGGAGCAGAUCGGCAUCAUCACCCCAUACGAGGGCCAACGGGCAUACAUUGUACAGUACAUGCAGUACAGUGGAUCGCUCAACAAGAAACUAUACAUGGAGAUAGAGGUUGCCAGUGUGGAUGCGUUCCAGGGACGGGAGAAGGACUUCAUCAUCCUGUCAUGUGUCCGCUCCAACGAACACCAGGGCAUCGGCUUUCUAAAUGACCCACGCCGUCUCAACGUUGCACUCACAAGAGCAAAAUAUGGAAUAAUCAUUGUUGGCAACCCAAAGGUUUUGUCAAAGCAACCCCUGUGGAACCACCUGUUGACAUACUACAAGGAGCAGAAGUGCCUGGUGGAGGGUCCUCUCAACAACCUCAAGGAGAGCCUUAUACAGUUCAGCAAGCCCCGCAAGCUUGUCAACUCUACAAACCCUGGGGGCAGGUUCAUGUCCAACACUAUGUUUGACGCCCGUGAGGUUCUCAUACCAGGCAGCAUCUAUGACAGGAGUGUAGGGUACAGGGAGCCAGUGGUGCGUACCCACGACCAGCUUGGCUUUAUCGGUCCAGAGCGUGCCUACACGGGCCCCGCCAUGAACAUGCCUGUCCCCGUGAACAUGUUCAUCAGCCCCAUGCCACAGCCCUUCCACCCGCCUCAACAACCCAUGCAGAUGCCGAACAAUAUGCGUGGUCGUGGAGGACGUGGGCGAGGUGGGAAGAUGAAGCCUCCUCGCUACAGCCAGAACAGUCAGCUGCAGAGCCAGGGGUCGAUGUUGUCCAACAGCCAAGCUAGCCAAGACGUGUCACAGCCCUUCUCCCAGGGACCCCUUACACAGGGUCCCCUCUCCAUGUCCCAGCCCUUCCAGAUGUCUCAGCCUGGCCUCUCGGGACUCUCACAGCCAGAACUAUCGCAGGACAGUUUCUUGGCGGAUGACUUCAAGUCUCAGGCUGAUGGCAUGCUGUCCCAGGACUCUACGUACCAGGGAGACCGCAUGUUCUACGCCUCGCAGCUGUCACAGGGGCCCUUCAACUAGCAGUGCAGGCCUGCAGUCACUUAGUGUGAUGUGGAGUCCAAGAUGUUUGUAGAGCUGUGGAGACAUGGUAACCAACGACAACCAGUAGAGGAAGUGGAAGGAGCAGUGUCGUCACCGACCUUGACGCGGCAGUCAGCACCCCGCUGGCAACAUGCCCCAGUCACAAACACACGCCCCCGUGGCCACACAGAGGCAGGCCUGGAUACAGGUUACAACAGGAAAUGCAGCUGUACAGCCGUGUACAGGAAACUCUUCCUAAACAACCUAAGAGCUUGCGGCCAGGUAAUAGAGGGAAGUGUUCCGGGACCUUGCUGUGUCGGGCGUGAACAUACACUGCAGACUGAUACUGGAUCCUAUGCUGUAUACUUGUAUAUGAUCAGCAGAUUGGAAGUUGUUGGGCUUAACUGAGAUCUACUUUGCUUACUUUUAUGUAUUGGAUCAACUAUGAUACUAUACAAACACGUUUAGAUUGUGUUUUGACAUAUCGGGAGCUGGUUUGUGUGGCCUAUACAGGUGAGGAAGAGGAGGGUAGUGGAGUGGAGACAGAUACUGACAUUCACCUUGUCCUCUUUACUAGCUGCUGUGUUCUGUCUUUCUUGUCAUUAUCACCCAUCAACUAUGUGCUACUACUGGCUUGAAUCAUUGUGGUUGACACAAAAGCGACAGCCAUGAAUUAUUGCCAAGCCUAGGUGAUUGCCAAAGCAAAUGGUACCUUAACAGAGGCUGCAAAGUAGUUGAGUUGCUUAGGUUUACUUUGUGUGACAUAAAAGGUCACCUUGAUUAAAAUGUAACAAAUAAAAAAAUAAAAGGUUAACUCCAACAUAAAUAACUAUUCACAAAUCACCUUUUUAGCAAAGUACUUAACAUUGCUUCACUCUAAUAUUAAUUUCGUUUUCAUAAGACGUAAACAAUAGUUUUAGGUUUUCUUUCAGAAUUAUAAUUUUAUAUUCAAAUUUAUUGUUUCUAGUGAGAUCUUUUUGUGUAGUUCAAUCACAAGGAUGUUGAUGUUAUCCUUCCCAGACACGAAACAUAAUUCUUUGUAUCAUCAAUCAUCAUCGUAUUUCAUGUUUUGUUGGAUGUUUUAUAUUCUGUCUUCAGUUCAGUGCUUUUCCCACCCUGAGUUUUGAAGUGAUGCCAAAUCUAUGACAAGCUAGAAGUAUGAAAUGGUCUUCUGAAGCCUUCAGUCCUAAAUGUGAAAAGGCAAGACUCUUGUCCUAGGAUUGAGAUCACUAUGAAACUAUGUUGUAUUAUGUUGAGUGCAGCUCAUGUUUACUUGACCCAUCUGGAGAGGUUGACAAUCAGUAAACAAACUGUUCCUACGACUCAGGAAGCACAUGUUCAUCCUGGAUCAGAUGGGGAAAGUAAAUUCUGUACCAUUGGUCCUUUGGUUUGAUAUUUAGGUAGUGGUUUGAUGAUUGUAUCCCCUGUGUCCUAUGUGUACCCUGCAUAAUCACCCUUCAGUUUAUCCUCAUUCUGACCAUUGUCCGAAACCUACAGCAUACAACGGCUUCUAUUGGAAAAAAUAAUAUUCCUUAAAUAAGAUGGUCAGAGUACUGGAAGUAUGUCUUUGAUCUUGGUUAAUUUUAGAUCUCGACUCAUUUUCACCAUUUAAAAUAAGGUUCACAAUAUUUUUGUUAUACAUACCUAGAUUUCAAGAAGUAUCAGCUGUUCAGGUUUUUGGCAAUAUGUGCUCUGACAUUGAUAAUGUUUAAGUUUGCUUGAAUAUAAUUGAUAUCUAUGUUUCAACAUUGACCUGUUUUUGUUUAGAAUUUAGAAAGAAACACAUGCACUAAUGUAUAACAAUAACAUUCAAUAUUUUCAAACUGCUGUACAUUUGUUUCAAUUCAGUGAUGGUUAACAUUUUGAUUUAUGGCAAAUGAAUUAGGUCUUGAAUUUAAAACCUUCCAAAUUAUGAAUAUAACAAUGUUUUUUCAAUGAUUAAAAAGUGGCGUGGUAAAUUCGAAAUUUUGAAAGUUGGAAAAAGACCUGAAUUGAGAACAACCAACACUUACAGACUCCUAGUUUAUACAAAGCAGUCAAAUAAACUGAUAAUAUAGAAAAUAACUGAUCAGUAGUUGUGUGGAGAUGAAAUUGAUUGCAUAAUACAGUAAUACACAUCACAUGCACACAAGCUUUACUGUUUAAGAUAAUUUAACUACAAGUAAUAAACUUCAGUUUGAAA